AAAACUACAUUUACCAGCGACUACAACACACAACAAACAUGGCGGUGCCGGAGCAUCAGGAGCGUGAAUCAGUGAAUAGUAAUAUUAGCCAAGAUAAUGAAGGCAAAAAAUCUGGUCCAAUAUCUUUCGUUUUUAGUAAAACAUUAAGUAAGGUUAAAGCUGGCAAAGCGGAAGAGCGAGAUUAUUUAGUUGAAGUCGAAGGGAAAGAACUUAAAGGAACCAAGCCGGUGGAGAAACCGAAGGAGCUGGUCAUCCCGUUGAUCCACAAGAACCGCUGGUACCGGCAGGAUGCUGAGCGAGGGGACAAGAGCAGCGAAGACAAGAGCAGAGACCCGUCCCAGCAGGAGCAGGACACGGUGGAGUCUCAAGCCGUCAAAGAGCUCAUCGAGGAGUCUCAAAAGCACCAGGAGAGAUGGAAGAACGGACCGCAGAUGGAUCCCAACUUUGCCAUUCCUCUUCUCAUGCAGAACCAGGCCCCUCAGGGUUUUGAGGAUGGAGACAAAGUCAAAGUGGAUUUGCGACCAGAGUCGUCCACAGAUGCCGACUAUGACCGUGUUCCUGUGGAGGCUUAUGGGUUGGCAGUGCUGAAGGGAAUGGGCUGGAAGCAAGGAGAGGGAAUCGGACACACAUUUAAACAAGAUGUGAAGCCCAUAGAGCAUCAGUUAAGGCCUAAAGGGCUGGGUUUGGGUGCCGAUCGCUCUGCUAUUAGAGACCUGGAGCCCGGUGUCCCCAAGAGACGCCCUAAACCCGGUGAGGAGAAGAAGGAAGAGGAGGCGCUGGUUCUGGGGCCUGGAGGAUAUGUGCAGGUCCUGGCAGGAGCCCAUAAAGACCUGUAUGGGAAGGUGAAUGGACUUUACUUCAUCCAUAUUCACGUCUAUGACAGUAAUGGUGAAGCAGUGUACUGA